AAGUUGAAGAGCCAAGUUUUGUGGGUUAUAAAAGAAAAGAGAAAAGAAAAGAAGAGAAGAUAAAAGAAAGAGAUAUGGGAAAAGGAAGGUUAGAGUUGAAGAGAAUUGAGAACAAGAUAAACAGGCAGGUUACCUUUGCCAAGAGAAGAAAUGGUCUUCUCAAGAAAGCUUAUGAACUUUCUGUCCUUUGUGAUGCUGAAGUUGCUCUCAUCAUCUUCUCCACUCGUGGCAAACUCUAUGAGUUCUCUAGCACCUCUAGCAUGCUGAAAACACUUGAGAGGUAUGAGAAGUGUAGUUUUGGGCCACCAGAACAAAGAAAGCCAGCCAAGGAGGAUCUUCAGGAACAAAGCAGUUACCAGGAAUACAUGAGGCUUAAAGAACGCUACGAUGCUUUGAAACAACUCGAAAGGAAUUACUAUGGUGAGGAGAUUGACUCGUUGACUACCAACGAGCUCGAGUCGCUUGAAAGGCAGCUUCAUUGUUCAUUGAAACAGAUUAGGACAAUAAGGACUCAGUCGCUGAUCGAUAAGCUUUACGAACAACAAAAGAUGGAACACCAACUUUACGAGUACAACAAGACGCUUCGACUCAGAUUAGAUGAAGAAAGCCAAGCAGAGGCACUCCAAUGGGAUGUACACGCUCACGCACACGCGAAUGGAAUGGUUUAUGGGCAUCAUCAUCAGCACCAAGUGUCUCAUCCUGCACAUGGUGCGUUUUAUCAUCCGACUGGCUGCGAAACCACAUUGCAAAUCGGGUACCAGACUGAACAAAUCUCGGGAGCGACCUCGUCGAGCAUGAGCCAUCAUCAUCAUCAAAUGCAGGGUUGGCCUGCAUGAAACAAGAUUCUAUGUUUGCUUGUUAAAUCACCAGACUUAAUUAAUAUUGUGUUGUUGUGGGACAUUUGGUCUUAGCUAAUUUUUAGUUAAUGUGUUUAUGUUUGUUGUGACUUUUAUCAAUCUCUCUCUAUGAUGUCCCAUUGCA